AUGGCUUGUGCGAAAAGGUUCUGUUGGUUCUCUACAAUUGUGCCGGCCGGCGUGGCAGUGGUGGUCAUCUCAGGCCCCAAUGCAGGCGGCAAGGCCGCCGCCCUCAAGACCCUCGGGAUUGCCGCGCUCAUGGCCAAGGCGGGGCUCUUCCUGCCCCUGGCGGGGGGGCGAGAGGGGGCGGAGGCAGAGGGGGAACGGGCUCACACUCGCCACAUCACCGCUCACUACGCUGAUCUCAAGAAACUCAAGGUAUCCAUGCUUUCGUGCGGCUGUUGCGACCUUAAGAAACUCAAGGUUGCAAAAGUGCACGUGCCAUGCGCCUGCAAUGUUCUCAUGCUGUCUCACAUGUAUGCCUGCAAUGUUCUCAUGCUGUCUCACAUGUAUGCCUGCAAUGUUCUCAUGCUGUCUCACAUGUAUGCCUGCAAUGUUCUCAUGCUGUCUCACAUGUAUGCCUGCAAUGUUCUCAUGCUGUCUCACAUGUAUGCCUGCAAUGUUCUCAUGCUGUCUCACAUGUAUGCCUGCAAUGUUCUCAUGCUGUCUCACAUGUAUGCCUGCAAUGUUCUCAUGCUGUCUCACAUGUAUGCCUGCAAUGUUCUCAUGCUGUCUCACAUGUAUGCCUGCAAUGUUCUCAUGCUGUCUCACAUGUAUGCCUGCAAUGUUCUCAUGCUGUCUCACAUGUAUGCCUGCAAUGUUCUCAUGCUGUCUCACAUGUAUGCCUGCAAUGUUCUCAUGCUGUCUCACAUGUAUGCCUGCAAUGUUCUCAUGCUGUCUCACAUGUAUGCCUGCAAUGUUCUCAUGCUGUCUCACAUGUAUGCCUGCAAUGUUCUCAUGCUGUCUCACAUGUAUGCCUGCAAUGUUCUCAUGCUGUCUCACAUGUAUGCCUGCAAUGUUCUCAUGCUGUCUCACAUGUAUGCCUGCAAUGUUCUCAUGCUGUCUCACAUGUAUGCCUGCAAUGUUCUCAUGCUGUCUCACAUGUAUGCCUGCAAUGUUCUCAUGCUGUCUCACAUGUAUGCCUGCAAUGUUCUCAUGCUGUCUCACAUGUAUGCCUGCAAUGUUCUCAUGCUGUCUCACAUGUAUGCCUGCAAUGUUCUCAUGCUGUCUCACAUGUAUGCCUGCAAUGUUCUCAUGCUGUCUCACAUGUAUGCCUGCAAUGUUCUCAUGCUGUCUCACAUGUAUGCCUGCAAUGUUCUCAUGCUGUCUCACAUGUAUGCCUGCAAUGUUCUCAUGCUGUCUCACAUGUAUGCCUGCAAUGUUCUCAUGCUGUCUCACAUGUAUGCCUGCAAUGUUCUCAUGCUGUCUCACAUGUAUGCCUGCAAUGUUCUCAUGCUGUCUCACAUGUAUGCCUGCAAUGUUCUCAUGCUGUCUCACAUGUAUGCCUGCAAUGUUCUCAUGCUGUCUCACAUGUAUGCCUGCAAUGUUCUCAUGCUGUCUCACAUGUAUGCCUGCAAUGUUCUCAUGCUGUCUCACAUGUAUGCCUGCAAUGUUCACAUGCUCUCACAUGUAUGCCUGCAAUGUUCUCAUGCUGUCUCACAUGUAUGCCUGCAAUGUUCUCAUGCUGUCUCACAUGUAUGCCUGCAAUGUUCUCAUGCUGUCUCACAUGUAUGCCUGCAAUGUUCUCAUGCUGUCUCACAUGCGGCGGAUUCCCGGUUUGAGAAUGCGAGCGUCGCAUUCGACCCGGUCUCCCUGCGCCCCUCCUUCCACAUCCCCUGGGGUCUCCCCGGCACCUCCCACGCCCUCUCCCUCGCUGCCUCCCGCGGCCUGCCCCCCUCCCUCGUCGCCAGAGCCGCCAGGCUGGCCCGUGCCACCACUCUGGGGGCUCUGGCGACGAGGGAGGGGAAAGAGGAGGGAGGAGGAGAGGGCUGGCUCGUGACGCCAGUCUGGAGGCAAGGGAGGAGGAGGGAGGAGGGGAGAGAAGCAAAGAGGGAGAGAAGGGACGUUCAGGAGGAAGUUUUGGCAGCAAGGGAGGAGAUUUCCCGCGUUGUUGCUGCUUUCCAGGAGGCUUCCCUUGCUGGUGUGCCGGAGCGGGCGGCGACGGACCAGGCCUGUGCUGACGUGGCAGCCAUGGCGGCUUUGACGGGCCUCUCUCCCGAGGCUAGCUCUGCUAUAGGUUCGGAUGCUUCGGUUGGUGGAUCGGCGGGAGGUUUGGCGGGGAUUUCGGAAGUGGAUGACUGGGUUCCUAGUCUGGGGGAGCCUGUGUACGUGAAGAGGUUCGGCACCAGCAUGCGCGGUACAGUAGUUGCAGUGGGUGGUGGUCCGGGCGAAAGCUCGGGAGAAGGUUCGGGUUCGGCAGCAGCGGCUCGGUUUGUGACAAUUCAACUGGGGAACUUGAGACUGCAACUACAGAGAGCAGACCUCCUUCCAGCAGUUGAUGGGCACUGGUGGUGGUGGGCAGAGCAGAACAGAUGGAGAGGCAGGAAGGAGAGGGGGCACAGGAGGCCUAUUUGA